CAGCUGGAUGCUCAGCAGGACCAGCUCCUGCUUUCUGCCUUCUCAGGUAUUGGGGUCUGGACCUCAAGUUGCACCGUGGGACCAGCCACCACUGGAAGAGGUCCCCAAAGUCAAGGAAAAAUUCUGAAAUGCAGAAAGGCUUAUUUGCUGCCGCAAAUGGGAAUCUGGAAUAACUAUGAAAAACACACUGAAAUAAUUGUGUUUGACUGGAACAAAAUUCUUGCAAAGUCCCCAAGGAUGAGAUUCUGUGCCAAAUCAAUGCUUCUGUCUGACUGGCUCUUUCUGGUCUAUGUGUUAAUGGUCUGCUGUAAAUUGUUGUCCGCCUCUAGCCACCAUCCCCGGGGGCACACAGGCCAGCACCAAGUCAAGCAAGGGACCUGUGAAGUUGUGGCCGUGCAUCGGUGCUGCAAUAAGAACAGGAUUGAAGAACGAUCGCAAACAGUCAAGUGCUCCUGCUUCCCGGGGCAGGUGGCUGGGACGACAAGGGCUCAGCCCUCGUGCGUGGAAGCUUCCAUUGUCCUACAGAAGUGGUGGUGUCAUAUGAACCCCUGUUUGGAUGGAGAGGACUGUAAAGUACUACCAGACUAUUCAGGUUGGUCUUGCAGCAGUGGAAAUAAAGUCAAAACCACAAAGGUAACACGGUAGCAAAGAAUAAACCUGUGGGUCACUACCAGAACAAAGACACGUUGCUUGGCUGUUACACAGAGACCCUUUUCUGUGACAAUGCCAUUGACUUAAUUCUUUGAACUUGCAAAAUUAGUCAGCAAAAAGGACACUACUUCUCCUUUCAAUUGUGGCUGCAGUUCCUGAACCUGGAUUUAUACCUGGAUAUACAGAAUGGUACAUUUUAAUUUCACAAGAAAAAACAAGGAGAUUUGGUUCUACCUGAAAUGCACCCUGGAUUCCCAAGAAUCUGAUACGUGGCAGAAAUUCGUGGAAGAGCACACCUGAACUUCUGUGGUGCAUCAAGGAUAAGACUUUCUUAACAACACUAAGAUAUGUAAAAUUGUUUUAAAGGAGUUUAGAUCAUGAAUGUAACCUAGGGGGUCAAAGAAAGAAAACGCUUCUGUUAGAACUGAUAUGGAUGAUCUUAAAGGUCUUUUCCAACCUAAAAGAUUCUAUGGUUCUAUGGAUUGGUCUGAGGUACUUCUCACAUACAGUACAAUAUAAAAAUACAAAGCUGAUCCCAAUGCUAAGUGAGUUGACAGGACAGUGUAGUAAAUUAUGUCUUGGUGUAUUUUCAACGGUGAUUUAGUAACUAUCAAGGUUGUAUGAUGGUGAAAAGAUGGAACUUACAAAUCAGUAGCAAUUAUUGUAGGGCAAACUUUGAUUAUAUCUGUGCAGUUAGAUUUAUUUUCUUAGAUAGUUCUGGGUAGUUUAACUUUUACAUUCAUAAGUGGUGGCAGGAAAGCAUGAGGAAGAGAAAAAAUUUGAAAAUAGACAUAGUUUUUCUUGUCCUAAAAUAAAUCCAUUCUCUAGGGGAAUAGCAAUGUAUACGUAUUCCUUGCCUCUUUGAAUCUAGAUAUGGAAAAGAAUUUAGCCAUUAGCUAGAAAUAUUCAUUCAGAUUCCACAAAAAAAGGAGAGCAUGCAUAAGGAAAGCUUACUGGAAGGAGGGUAAUUUGUUUGGAUUUUCAUAGCUUUGGUUAUAUACUAAUAGGUAACAUACUUAAAAUUCAUAAGCAAAAUUCUAGAUAAAAGUGAAUCUUCACUUUCAAUUAGUUCUUGUUUAGAAUGAUUAUAAUAAUUAAAUGUCCAGUUCUUUGACAGACUGAAUUUCCAAGUAGUUACAUUUUGUGACACAUAAUUGUUCCAUAUUAUUGUAGAUGCAUUUCAUACUGUUUUUCUUAUUUGCCUGUUACAGUUUUUUGUCAUCAGUCUUCAUAAAUAGAACAGCAAGUAGAGGUGAAGCUGUAGCCAGUCUGUUCCCUGUUACAUCAUUUUGUGACUUAAGCUGCAUUGAAACAGACUAAAAUGCAAGGAUGCAGAUGGCUGUCAUGCAGAUGAACUGCUGCCGACCCAGCAACUGAAUUCAUUGUUAUGCUUUAUGUAAAUAGUAAGGUAACAGUGUAUAUCUAAUUUUUAUAUAGACAGAAAAGCCAAAAAAAUAAAAUGAGUGUAUUCUACUAAUUUAGGUCAUUGUGCACAAGCUUUCUAGUUUAUGGGAAAGAGCAUCAGCAGUGUGAAGCUCUUUAGAGUAAUAAUUGUUAGCUUUUGAUUUGCUGGAGUGAGUGAGAGUAUUCAGCCAGGUAGUUCCAUUGAAGUCAGUGGUGGGAAGAUCUGGCCCUGCAUUUUUUUGGUUUUGAUUUCUCUGGUUUAGUUCACUAUCAAUUAUGUAUUUGAUUACAGCUGGGAUCAUAGUGGUCAUUGUACUCGGUGAUAAGUAAACAAGAGAUUUUCUGCUCUGUGCUUGGACAGCUGAAGAGGCAGUAGACUCUGCUUGCUCUAAUGAGCUCUAUAUUCCUAAUAUUUUUCCAUUGUUUCAA